GACCGAGUCCGUGUUUUCAGCACCGCGGAGGCAGGUUUCCACACCAGGCUGUUGAAGGGCUGGGCGUCAGGAUGACCGAGCGCUUUGACUGCCACCAUUGCGAAGAAUCUCUCUUCGGCAAGAAGUAUAUCCUCAGGGAGGACAGCCCCUACUGUGUGGCAUGCUUUGAGGCCCUCUACGCCAGCACUUGCGAGGAGUGCGGGAAGCCCAUCGGCUGUGACUGCAAGGACUUGUCCUACAAGGACCGACACUGGCAUGAGGCCUGUUUCCAGUGCUCUCGGUGCAAGAGCUCGCUGGUGGACAAGCCCUUCGCUGCCAAGGAGGACCAGCUGCUGUGCACGGACUGCUACUCCCACGAGUACUCCUCCAAGUGCCAGGAAUGCAAGAAGACCAUCAUGCCAGGUACCCGCAAGAUGGAGUACAAAGACAGCAGCUGGCAUGAGACCUGCUUCGUCUGCCGCCGCUGCCAGCAGCCCAUCGGCACCAAGAGCUUCAUCCCAAAGGACAACCAGAACUUCUGCGUGCCGUGCUAUGAAAAACAGUACGCCUUGCAGUGCGUUCAGUGCCAAAAGCCCAUCACCACCGGGGGCGUCACAUACCGGGAGCAGCCGUGGCACCGGGAGUGCUUCGUGUGCACCGCGUGCAAGAAGCCGCUGUCGGGCCAGCGCUUCACGUCCCGCGAGGAGUUCCCCUACUGCCUGAGCUGCUUCUGCGACCUGUACGCCAAGAAGUGUGCCGGCUGCACCCACCCCAUCAGCGGACUUGGUGGCACAAAGUACAUCUCCUUUGAGGAACGGCAGUGGCAUAACGACUGUUUUAACUGUAAGAAGUGCUCCCUCUCACUGGUGGGGCGAGGCUUCCUCACAGAAAGAGAUGACAUCCUGUGCCCUGACUGCGGGAAAGACAUCUGAAGCCCACACAGCUGCUUAUGACAUGCACGGAUUUAGACACUCUCAUUCUCCACCAGGCAGUGUUGUGUCUGGUCUCCACCGGCCAUGCUGAAACUUUCCUCUUGUGCUUCUCAGUGAUGUUUGCGUUUGUUUAAACCCUUUAAUCCUUUGUACUAGCUCAGUCCCAGGGAAGGAGGAAACCCUUCUGUAAACCCGUGGUGGGAAGAUGAUGUUGAAUUUUCAUAAUCAAGCAGGGCAAUUCCAAGUGUAAAAAUCCUUUUGAAUGACAUCUUUAUACAUGUACCUUUCUUUCACUACGUAUUUAAUUUUUAAGUGCAAUUAACACAUCACGAACUUGAGUUUCCCGAACUACAUGAGAUAAUGAAGAGUGGGCAUUUACAACUGUGUAGCUUCCUGUCAUGUAAGACCUAGAGCAAGAUCAUAUAGCUUACAAUAAAGUUAUCCAGAACAAAA